GGAUGAGAUGGAACCCCCCCCCAUCUAAUCUCAAGCAGAAAGGAAGAGGUUCAAAAUUUAACUCCUAGAUGUCCUUCACGUCACGCAACAACGACGUCAUUGCUGUCAGCAGUGCCAGUAAUGCAUGCUCAGUGCUCCUUGUGCUUCUGAGUGGAGGUUUGUUCUUUUACGUAGUGCUGAUGUUAUAUGCGCAAGAUGCCUCGAAAAUAUGUAAGAGUUAGUAGCAGAGGGGAAUGGACUGAGGCAGCUAUGGAAAGAGCAAUAGCUGCAGUUAGAGGAAAAAAACAUGGGCUUGAAGAAAGCUUCAAAAAGAAUUCAACGUGCCUAAGGGUACAGUCGGGCGCCGUGCCUGUGACAAGAAUAAGACAGCAACUGGAUCCACUAAGAUGCUUGGCCCUAUCAGGACUGUAUUCAAUGCUGCACAAGAGGCAGAGUUGGUGACUCACAUUUUGUCAAUGGAGGCUCGAUUUUUCAAACUGACUACACGGGAUGUUCGCUACAUUGCCUUCCAUGCAGCAAGGAGAAAUAAUGUGGACCACAAAUUUAACAAAGAGGUUGGACUGGCGGGUAAGGACUGGCUACUGGGAUUCCAUCGCCGUCAUCCACAACUUGUAAUUCGAACCCCAAAAGCAACUUCUGCUGCAAGAACAAAAUUAUUCAACCCCAGAAACGAUGGCAAGUUCUUUGACAUUUCAUCCUUAGCGCAAGCAGACCAUUUUUUUUUUUUUUUUUUCCUCUGCACAGGAUUUUCAAUGUCGAUGAGACAAGUGUUACAACGGUGCAAAAUUCUAAUUUUGCCACCACACUGUAGUCACCGAAUGCAACCACUGGAUGUUUCCUUCAUGAAACUGUUGGAUGCCUACUAUGUGAAGGCUGUUGAAACAUUGCUCACAAACAGUCCUGGCAGGCAGGUGACCGUCUACAAACUAAGUGCAUUAUUCGGAGAGGCCUAUCUACAGGCUGCUGUUCCAAAUACAGCCAUCAGUAGUUUUAGGAAAACGGGAAUUUUUCCAUUGAACAGCCAGGUUUUUGGCGAAGCUGACUAUUUACCUGCCCACCCAACAGAUAUUCCAUUCGAAGGUGAGCAAGAAGAGGAAGAUCUAGACGAACCAGUUGCCCAGUCAAUCAUGGCCCUGGAGAAUGAAUCUGACUUGGAAGCUGUUGAGCCAGAAAAUUCCAGUGUUUUGGUGCCAAAAGUUGCUCGGAGACUGUUCAAGCCAGGUAGUUCACCCCAGGACAUAAUUCCCUUGCCAAAGGUGGCCACAACUGUACGAAAGAAGAGAGCCAGGCCCCAAGGGCGACCUCUUGUUUUGACACCAUCUCCGUAUAAAACAGAGUUAGAAUCAGAAACUCAAAAGAAAAAGGAAAAAGACUUUGCUAUACCACAGAAGCGCCGAGGGAGAGAAGACAAGAAGAAAAAGGAACUGGCAAUGUCUGCAUCAAACAAACAACCUAACAAAAAGACAACAAAACAGAAAAAAGCAAAGCAAGUAAAAGCUGGACCUUCCUGGUCUCAAGACAGUGAUAGCUACAGUGAAGAUGGAAAGUCAACUGAAUGUUUGUACUGCAAUGACACACUUGGUGAUUCUGAGAGGAGAAGGGUGGGUUUGUUGUGCUAUUUGCAAACGCUGGGCUCAUGAGCAAUGAGCGGGGAUAGAUGAUGAUGAGGAAGAGGUUUUUGUGUGUGAUUUGUGCCAGUAAGGAUUUGCUACUUCAUGUUCAGUUCGAGGGGCAAGAUGGACCCCUGAGGUCCAUCUUAUCCCGUCAUUUUGUUUUUGGUCCAAUAAAACUUUUGAUUUUGUAA